AAAGAAACGAAGUCGACGCACUCGUCUCUCAGCGGCGUUAUCUAAUACCCUAAUCCAUCUCUUCCUCUCCCCCUCUCUCUCUCUCUCUCGCUCUUACGGCCUCCUCUUUAUCCUCCGCGGAGAGCUCCCUUAUCUACCGAAACCCUAAAUCGAUCUUUUAGGGCUGGCUUUUUCGAUCCAGAAACCCCUAAUCUCAUCUCCUCCUGUUGAUCGUUUCCUCCCGGCUUUCUGUGACCGAUUUCUUAGUUUUCUCCUUCCAUUCUUUUUUUCCAACCGUAGUUUCUUUUUUUUUUUUGCUUAUCUUGUUGCUUCAAAUCGCUUCGACAGCCGCAGUUUUGCUCGUGUUCCCCUAAUCUUUGUAGAGAUUUUGGUUUUGAGGUGAUUUGUCUCUCUUUUCCGAAGGUUGUAAGGUGCCGGGAGUCGAAGCGUUGCUCUUUGUUCGAUCGUUAGAGCGUUGAUCUUGAUUCACGGAUUCUUUUGAUAGGAAUAAGUUUUUGUUUCGAUUCCGGGAGAAUAAUCUGCGAAAGCUUCGGUCUUUUCACGGAUCGAGGGAGGUUCUUGGUUUGAAACCCUAGCCUGGAUCUGUUAGCUGUGGCUCACCUGGGAUCGCGGUAGAAAUGGUCGGAGGGGGAAGCAGAAGGGACGAUGGGUCCUUGAAGAUUGGGAGCAACAACGUUUUCGCCGCGCUCGAGACCCUCAAGAAGAAGAAGAAGUCGGACAAGGAUAAGAACAAGGGAUCGUCCAAGAACCGGGCUAAGGAGCCCGAGCCACAGGUGUUUUGGGCGCCGACUCCGCUGACAGUUAAAUCUUGGGCUGAUGUCGAUGACGAUGAUGACUACUUUGCCACCACAGCCCCGCCCCAGUCCGUUUGGGGAUCCUCGGACACGCAGCAAAACAACGAAAGCUCGGCUGUGGUAGAGGAGGAAACUGAAAGUGAAGAUGAUGGCCUCGAUGAGGUUGAUGAAGAUGCUGAGGAAGAACUUGAACAUGAACCUGAGGUUCCUGUUGUCACUGAACCAGUUAUCAACAAACCUCCCCCUGCUGCAGUGCCAGCUAAAGACACAGAAAGGCAACUCUCAAAGAAAGAGCUGAAGAAAAAGGAAAUGGCAGAACUGGAGUCUGUUUUGGCUGAGCUGGGUAUUCCCAGCAGCAAGGACAGCAAUGCUGUGAAAGAUGAAACAAAUGGCAAGAAACCAGAGGAGCAAAAUAUGGAUGGUGAAAAGAAGGAGAAUGCACCUGCUCCUUCAGAGAGCAAAAGUUCAAAGAAGAAAAAGGCGAAGAAGGACAAAUCCUCAAAGGAAGCUAGAGAGCCACAGGAACAGCCUAAUGGCUUGGAAACUAAUAAAAGCCCUGAUGAAGCAGCUGCUGAACCUGAAGAAGAGGAUACUGCUGCUGUUGAUGUGAAGGGGCGGAUAAAGAAGGUGGCUUCCAUGAAGAAGAAGAAAUCAAACAAAGAGAUGGAUGCUGCUGCAAAAGCUGCUGCGGUCGAGGCUGCUGCAAGGAGUGCCAAGCUUGCUGCUGCAAAGAAGAAAGAGAAGAGCCACUACAACCAACAGCCAGUGCGGUAAAGCUUUUUUGUGGAUGAUGAGUUCCAUAUGUCUUGUUCGUUUGUUAAAUUCCAAAAUAAACAUCAGUCUAUCUUAUAGGAAAGACCUUAUGAGAUUGUUCAGGUUCACUUUGAAAAGUCUUGUGGCUUUUUCCAGUCUGUCAAUGCAAAUGUUUCAGGAAUCUGUUUAUCAAAACCUUAUGGACUUUUACUGCUUUACUGCAGACAGUUGCUGUGGAAUUUGUAGCUCUGUUCACUUGUAUUUUGCCUA